UCAGCGUCUACUAGUGGCAGUAGUGAUGGGCCUCGAAAGUCAUCCGACGAAUGUGUAAAACCCUCUGGCUGCACAAAGAGCAUAAUGACUAUGGUUAGAAAAAACAAAGACGAUACUUUAUCUUCGAACGGAACCUCGAAUGGACGCAGAGUUUCCUUUUCCAAUGAUCAUCUGGUAGAGGGAAAGGAUGAAGAUAAGAACGAGAAAACCCAUUUUACCUUCGAGCAAGAAAGGCCCGUUCAUAAUGGCAAAGUGACAUUUAUCUACAACCAGUCAGAUAACUCGAAGGGUGGGGCCAGUGCGGGGUCUAGAAUACAUGCGGUAUAUAACAAAAUUAGGAAAAAGAAAUCUUCAGUUACAAGUGCAGUAAGCAGGAUGAGUAAAUAUUCUGGUGAAUGUGAAAGUGACAUAGACACUGGUGUGAAUACAGAAACUGAUCUACUAAGGCGCCACAACGAGCGGCAGAAACGCCGUCUAGCACGAGCCAGAGAGAAGCGAGCCAGCCUGGUGGUUGGUGUAAUUAUUGCGGCCUUUACGCUGUGCUGGUUCCCUUUCUUUUUCACCUACGUCCUGUCUGUGGUUUUCAAAUUCAAAAUCAACAACGCAGUUUUUGCAGUAAUCUUUUGGCUGGGUUACUGCAAUUCUGGGCUGAAUCCACUUAUCUAUACCCUCUUUAACAAAGAUUUCAAAGUGGCGUUUCGGAAACUGAUAUGGCCCAGUGGGACAUGCAGUAGACGCAGACGCUGUACCACUUACGUGUGAUCUGAUUAAAAACGUUUAUAGACAGACAUACAUGUACCUGCAAUGAUAUUUGGAGUAAUAUCGAUU